UUGUCGGUUUCUCUCUCUCAAGUCUCAACAAGAGUCUGCAGACGAAAGAGGGGGGUUCGCAAGGGCUGAUCUUCCGUCACUUUCUCUGUGGAGUAGUAACCACCAAUGGCAGGUCUCAAACAACCGCAAACUGCCUCCUCCACCCACCAUUCCUUUGCUUCCAAGUUAAUUCUCCUCCUCACGCUGCUCCCAAUCACCCUUGCAGCCUUCGCUUUCGUCCUCCAAUGGCGCGGCGGUGGCGUUGUAGAUGUAGACGAUCCGAUCUCUCACUGGUCACCUCAACACAGUUCCCACAAAUUCCCUGGAAUGGAUUCAUCUCCUCUCGCCACCGUUGUUGAUCGCCACUCCUCCUCUUCCGAUUGCCUCUCUCUCGGACAAUCCUCUUCUCCAUCAUUUCCUUACUACCAUGAUUGGAAAUUCCGAUUUGAAACGGAUCUUAAACCUAAGAUAUGUAUUACAACUAGUACAUCGGCCGGAUUAGAUCAGAUUUUGCCAUGGAUGUUCUAUCAUAAAGUACUGGGAGUUGGAACCUUCUUUCUGUUUGUUGAAGGAAAAGCUGCCUCUCCUAGUGUAUCAAAAGUUCUUGAAUCUAUUCCUGGAGUCAAGGUUAUAUACAGAACAAAAGAGUUAGAAGAACAACAAGCUAACAGUCGGAUCUGGAAUGAGACGUGGCUUUCAAGUUUCUUCUAUAAACCAUGUAACUAUGAGCUUUUUGUCAAGCAAUCGCUCAACAUGGAGAUGGCUAUUGUCAUGGCAAGGAAAUCAGGCAUGGACUGGAUACUUCAUCUUGACACAGAUGAAUUGAUACACCCGGCGGGUGCUGGGGAAUAUUCACUGAGGCAGUUACUUCGUGAUAUUCCUGGGGAUGUGGAUAUGGUGGUCUUUCCGAACUAUGAGAGCAGUGUAGAGCGUGAUGACAUCAAGGAUCCUUUUAUAGAGGUAUCUAUGUUCAAAAGGAACUAUGACCAUCUUCCAAAGGAUACCUAUUUUGGCAUGUACAAAGAAUCUACUCGUGGGAAUCCAAACUACUUUUUGACUUAUGGGAAUGGAAAAUCAGUUGCUCGGGUUCAGGAUCAUCUACGACCUAACGGUGCUCACAGAUGGCAUAAUUACAUGAAAACUCCAAAGGAGAUAAAACUGGAAGAGGCUGCUGUUCUACACUACACGUAUGCCAAGUUCUCCGAUUUGACUUCACGAAGAGAUAGAUGUGGCUGCAAGCCUACUAAAGACGAUGUCAAAAGAUGCUUUAUGUUAGAAUUUGACAGAUCAGCAUUCAUAGUUGCUUCAACCGCAACGGAAGAAGAAAAGCUGAACUGGUAUCGCGAACAUGUGGUGUGGACCGACAAAACAAUAAACUUGAAGCUGUUGAGGAAAGGCAUUUUAACUCGCAUAUAUGCCCCAUCGGUUAUCAUCGAGGGUUUGAAGGAGUCGGGUGUUUUUAGUUCCGUGAUCGCUAAAGCCCCUGCAACUCUCUCCCAGGACAAAUUCUUAGCGUCCAUCGAGAGUAGUAACUCAUCGAGGGCCAGUGGGACCCAUUCACAGCCCCCAAGAAAGAUCAUAAGAAACACAGAUCAUCAAUCCCACGCAACUGUUAGGAAGGCUUUGGAAGCUACAGAACUUCACGAAGCAGCCGUGCCACCAUUGUCUCCUCCUGGCCCCACCAUGGAAACACACGAUAACAACCUCAUAGUUCAGAGCAGAUAGUUUUCCGCGUUGUUCCCGAUCGUGUUACCCAAGCGGGCAGGCGUACGUUAAGAGACCGAAGUUGUGGGGUGGGGUUGUAGAAGCAUACAUAUUAUUCUUAUGGGACAUGAUAUAUGUAUAGAUGUAUUUAAGUAGCGUAACUUUGAUUAAUACCUAUUCAUCUUCUUGGUUAACUUUGGUGUGUGAAUUGGUGGUUGAGCUUGACUCGUGGUUCGCCAAGCUUCAAGAUCUCUUGCUUGGGUUUUCGAUUA